GCUGUGAGCUGACUGCCAGUACCAAAUCCUACACAUUUCAGGUGGAUGAAGAAGACAACUUUGACCACAUUUUAGCAUUGUCUACGGUCUGCCUCACUGAUGGUGCCAAGGACGAGUGCAACGUGGUGGAAGUCGUUGGGCGAAACCACGAGAACCAAGAGAUCGCUGUGCCUGUGGCAAACCUGAAACUGUCAUGCCAGCCCUUGCUGAGUCUGGACAACUUCAAGCUGCAGCCUCCAGUGACCUUUCGGCUGGCAGCAGGCUCUGGCCCAGUGCACCUGGCUGGCUGGCACAGGAUCAUGCACAGGGAAGAUGCUUCCUUUGAGGAGGACGAUGACUUGUCUGAGGAGGAUGAGGAGGAUGAGGAGGACCUUCCUCCUAUUAUGCCAGCCAAGAAGUAGGAGGAGGAAGGAGUAACUUGUCUCCAGGCAAGGUACUCACUGGGACUUCUCUCCCUGGAUGGUUUUUACCUUGGAUACCAGUUCCCACGACCUCAACAUUUGCUGCCUUUUUUUUUUUUUU